UAAAGGGAAUCGAUUUGGAGAAAAAUGAAGUUGUGACUGUGGACUCAGUAGAAAACACUUGAAUUUUGUUGUCAACAUGGUUCAAAUAACAGGAAAAUACAAGCUUGCAGAGAAUAAGAAUUUCCUGGAAUUCUUAUUGGCAGUGGGUAUGCCCGAAGAGAAGGCAAAGGAGGAAAAUAAAAUUACUGGAACGUUUGACGUUAAAAUCGAAGGAAAGAAAGUUUCAAUGGAAAAUGAUACACCGCCAUAUGUCAGCAACCUAGUCCUGGAUGAAGAGGUGGAUGAAAAAUUGGAAAAUGAAGAAUUGAAGAGUACCACCACAUUGAGUGGUAACGUCAUUACAGUUACUUCCAAUACAAAGAAUGGUGAACCUGCAGUAACUAGGACUUAUUCUUUCUCUGACAGUGGAUUAGAAACAACGAUCACCGCUUAUAGGGACGGUAAGACAAUUUCAGCCCAACGUAUUUAUAAGAGAGUUUAAACAAAUUUUCUGAGACGCUUAUCCACUGGAGAAAAGUGAGACUUCAGUUUUAAAAUUAUAUUUAAUAAAACGGUAGUAACAUGAA